AUGUGCAAGCAGGACCGGCUUCUCUUCCGGUGCAUCGUGCCCAUGAUUUGUGUCUAUGCCGUGGAGUACCACUUGCCACAGCGUGUUGCCGCACAAUUUGGUAAGGCGCAACACACACCACCAGCCGGCCACGAUACCGGUGGCUACGACCUACACCAGAUGAGCAGGCAGAAGAAUCAAUCAAUCAUGGAUUGGGAAGCCGAACAUGCGAGAUACAUGAAGGAAUGGAACGAGUGGAAAGGACGCAAAGACACGGAGAGGAGAGUCAUUGACUGGGACGAGUACGAGGAUCACAUGCUGUGGUACGACGAUGGCAUCAAGCAUCGUCUGCGUCUGAGGCCCAAGUGGACGACAGCAGAUGCCGAAGACCUGUUCGAUGACGCCUCAGAGAAUGAAGCCUACAACGAGAGCAUCAGACAGCUUCAAGGCGGGUUUAGGGAGUACAGACCCCUCAUGAACAGAGUGUCUUCGGAGCUGAACAAAAGCAUUUUUCAUGCCUCUGAUGCGCUUAGUGCUAUCCCUGGGACUCGAGCUAGUGAGAACAAGUUGAGGGAAACGGUGAAGAAAUACGUCAACAAAGCACGCCGGCUUGUGGGCCUGCUUGCGUGCGCUACAAACGCAGAGGAUGUUUUUCCUCCUGCACCGAUGCGUAGCCUCGCUUCAUCGAGCCAUGCAGCCUCAUCGUCUAGGGCGGUUCAAGAUGACGAGGAGGAGAGCGACGACGAUGAUGAUGAAGAGAAAGAUGAAGAAGAGGGCGUAGAAGAAGAACAUGGUGAGGAAGAGGAAGAGGACGAUGAGGAGGAGGAUGAGUACGAUGAUGAUGACGGACCUCCAGCAACUCAGCCAACCCAGCGUGAGAAGAGGAAUGUGCCGAAGAAGGAUUGGAAGAGUCCAUCCCCGUUUCAAAAAGCACGUCCUACGGCCUGCAAGAAGACGGCGGCCGAGAAGCGAUCCAAGGAUAAUGAGGACCGAAAGUCGAAGAGGGGAAGGAAGGACUGA